CUUCCAUACCUUCACUGGUUACAAAAUGUUUGCAUUGGCGUUAGUGUUGGUGAGCUUAUGCUCGGCCAAUGCUUUAGAGCUGGAGAGUAUAGAUAAUAUCAUCGAUAAUGAACUAACAUUAACCGACGAUGGAGACGAAAUUAUAGAACUCGAUAUUGUUGUUCCAAAGGAUGCCCGUCCCAAAAGGAAUACGGUGCCUGAGAGGAAAUGGCCACUCGGGGAAAUCCCAUAUGAGUUUGAUCCAGCGUUUCAGGGGGAUAGGGCAUUAGUUGAGCGGGCCAUGCAGACUUGGAACCAAGUGACAUGUGUAAGAUUCAGACCUGCAACAGCGUCCGACGUUGCAAAGCUGAAAGUAGUGACACCUUCAAAUGAAGGGGAUUGUUCGACCGCAGUAGGGACCUAUGGCGGAACACAAAAUCUGAAUCUUGGUGCUCGUUGUCAACAGAUGCACGUGGUUCUUCAUGAAUUGGGCCAUACCGUUGGUUUACAACACGAACACCAGCACCCCGACAGGGACAUGUGUGUCACUGUAAAUCUACAGAACAUUCAAGAGACAGGGCAGCAAUGGUACCGGAAGUUCACCAGACAGGAAGUGGAUACGCAGAAUGUUGAAUAUAAUCCACUGUCAAUCAUGCAUUAUGGUAAUACUUUCUUCUGGAAUGGUAAUGGGGCCACCAUGAAAGCGAAUGACCCUACCAUCCACUAUCAAAUGGGAAAGGUGAAAGAACUUGCAGCGACGGAUAUCAAGAAAGUAAACAUACUUUACCAAUGUCCUGGUCAUCAGAAGCCAGCUAUGAAUCCAAUACCUUCUUGUUCUGUGCCCAAAACAACAUGGAAGCAACCAGAUCGCAGUUGCAAAGACUCGGCUGAGGAGAAGCAAUGUCGCAUUUGGUACGAGUUGGGAAACUGUGUAGACCCAGAGCAAUCUGGAAUUACUAAAAAGAUAUGCGCCAGUCAUUGUAGCGCCUGUGGUGGUUCGGCAGUAGGACCAGGACCAGUUACUAGUGGACCAUGGACACCUGGACCACCAACGCAAGGACCUGGUGGUUCAAGCGAAGAAUGCAACAAGUGCCGUCAAUACGAACAGAUGAAUCUAUGUACCAACCCUCAAUUUAAAUCAACCAUGGAUAUAUGUGGUCAACAUUGUGGGUCAUGUGGUGGCGGACCAGGAACAGGAGGAUCUGGAACUGGAGGAAGUGGCGGAACAGGGGGAACAGGUGGUACAAGUGAAGAAUGCAAUAAGUGCAAGCAAUAUGAACAGAUGAACUUGUGUAGCAACCCAACAUUUAAGACAACAAUGGAUAUUUGUGGUCAACAAUGCGGUUCCUGUGGUGGCGGGAGUGGAACAGGUGGAGGUCGACCGGGAACAGGAGGACCUGGGACUGGAGGAAGUGGCGGAACAGGGGGAACAGGUGGUACAACGGAAGAAUGCAAUAAGUGCAAGCAAUAUGAACAGAUGAACUUGUGUAGCAACCCAACCUUUAAGACAACAAUGGAUAUUUGUGGUCAACAAUGCGGUUCCUGUGGUGGCGGGAGUGGAACAGGUGGAGGUCGACCGGGAACAGGAGGACCUGGAACUGGAGGAAGUGGCGGAACAGGGGGAACAGGUGGUACAACGGAAGAAUGCAAUAAGUGCAAGCAAUAUGAACAGAUGAACUUGUGUAGCAACCCAACGUUUAAGACAACAAUGGAAAUUUGUGGUCAACAAUGCGGAUCUUGUGGAGGCGCAACUGGGGGAAGUGGAAUAGGUGGAGGUCGACCAGGAAGUGGAGGUUCUGGAAAUGGCGGAACAAGUGAAGAGUGUACAAAAUGCAAACAGUAUGAAGAUAUGAACCUUUGUAGUAACCCAACAUUCCAAACUACAAUGCAAAUCUGUAAUCAGCAAUGUGGUUCGUGUGGAAGAGGAGGCAGUGGUGGUAUUGGAACAGGUGGCUCUGGAACAGGCGGUGGUUGGCCAGGAAGUGGAGGUUCUGGAACUAGCGGGACGAGUGAAGAGUGUAAAAAAUGCAAGCAGUACGAAGAUAUGAACCUUUGUAGUAACCCGACAUUCCAAACUACAAUGCAAAUCUGUAGUCAGCAAUGUGGUUCGUGUGGAAGGGGAGGCAGUGGUAGUAUUGGAACAGGUGGCUCCGGAACAGGCGGUGGUUGGCCCGGCAAUGGAAGUGGAGCAGGCGGUGGUUGGCCCGGAAGUGGAAGUGGGACAGGCGGUGGUUGGCCAGGAAGUGGAAGUGGAACAGGUGGUGGUUUUCCAGGGAGUGGAACUGGCGGCGGUUGGCCAGGAAGUGGAAGUGGAACAGGUGGUGGUUGGCCAGGAAGUGGAAGUGGAACAGGUGGUGGUUUUCCAGGGAGUGGAAGUGGGACUGGCGGCGGUUGGCCAGGAAGUGGAAGUGGAACUGGCGGUGGUUGGCCUGGAUCAGGAGGAAAUUGGCAAGGGAAACGAAAAUAA